UAACUUGAUCGUCCAGUCUCCACCGGUCAGUUUAGUCUCGUACGAAUCGUUGAGCCGGGAGGACAUAAUCCCGCUGUCACCCCGUAGCAGAGGGUGCUAAUUUCCCAAAGUUUCGAUAGUGGACGGGAGCAACCUGUUGUGGAGAAAGAAGGUAGCGCGGGCGAGCGACAAAGAAUGAAGGCGUUCCGGCUGGGUCUGGUCCUGGCCGUUUUGUGUGCCGUGGCACAUGCCAACGACGAUGAAACGAUUCUCUGUCCAGAAGGAGAAUGCGUUAAGCUGCAUCUUUGCUUAGAUGGUGAAAUAAACGACGAUGGGACCAACUUGAUCGAUAUUCGGUUCAACCCGGACGAUCCGUGCGAGCAUUACCUUUUGAAGUGCUGCAAGGUUCCAAAGGACGAAAACGAAGGCCAUGGCGAUGGCGGUAGCAGUACCGACUUAGUUAUUCCACCACCCUCGGGCACAGGCAACGUGAUCAACGGUGGAGGUCCUACCUCUGGAAACCUGGUGAAUGGUGAUGGACAGCAUCCGCAGGAGCCGAAGCUUCCCGGAGGUGACGACUCCCACGGCAGUGGAAGUAACGCCGGAUCGCAAGGACCGAACGGUGGAGGUAGCAACGGAGGAGACUCCCAUGGACCGGGAGGUUCGGGAAGUCACGGAACCGGAGGUAAUGGACAUGGACAUGGUGGUGGUGGAUACGGUGGCGGAGACAAGGGACACGGCAGUGGAACUAACCAGGGUGGCAAAGAUCCUCAAGGUACGGGCACUGGAGGUCAGGGACCUGAUGGUGGUUCGAACCAAGGGACUGGUGGAAGCAAGGUUCCUUCGGGUACCGGAACUGGUCAGGGAUCGAACGUAGGAGGUCAAGGAGGCACUGGAUCUCAGGGUGGACAGGGUGGCAACACCGCUCCCGGAGCUGGACCGAAUGUUGGAGGAACUGGACCGAACCAAGGAUCGGAUGGAAGCAAGGUUCCUUCUGGAACUAACCCAGGACAAGGUGUUGGCGGGCAGGGUACCGGAUCGAGCGCGAAUGCAGAUGCGGGAACUAGCCAGGGAGGAUCACAAGGCACCGGAGCUAACCAAGGAGUUGGAGGUCUGGGAGGCCCUGGAUCUCCGGAUGUAGUGGUGCUGGAACCGGUGCUAAUGACGAUGGCAACAAAGGCCCUGGCUCAGCUGGUGGAAAUCAGGGACAUGGUACUGACGGUCAGGGAAGUAACACUGGAACGGGCGCUGGACAGAACCAGGGAGGUUCUGGCUCUCAAGGUCCGAGUUCUGGAGCAAAUCAGGGUCAAGGAGGUCAGGGAGGUUACGGCAAUCAAGGUACCGGCAACCAAGGAGGUUCCGGCUCUUAUGGACAAGGUACCGGAUCUCAGCCAGGUACUGGUGGAUCUUACGGUGGUGGUGCUAAGGUUCCUGGAGGACACUACUCCCAGUCCUGCACCGGAAAAGUCCGGCUGUGGUCACCGUAACGCCGACGGUGUUGGAUUCCGCAUCACGGGUAACAGUGACGGGGAGUCCGAGUACGGUGAGUUCCCCUGGAUGGUGGCAAUUCUGAAGGAGGAGAAGGCGCUGGACCAGGUCAUCAACGUGUAUCAGUGCGGCGGUUCGCUGAUCCAUCCCCAGGUUGUGCUGACCGCGGCGCAUUGCGUCCAAAACAAGAAAGCCCCGGAGAUUAAGAUUCGACUUGGAGAGUGGGACACGCAAACCACCAACGAAAUCUACGACCAUCAGGAUCGCAACGUCGUCGAAAUCGUCUACCACAAGCAGUUCAACAAGGGCAGCCUGUACAACGACGUGGCCCUGCUCUUCCUGGACAAACCGGCCGAACUGAUCGACACUAUCAACACGGUCUGCCUUCCGCCCCAGAACUACAACUUCGACCUUAACCGUUGCUUCGCGUCCGGCUGGGGUAAGGACGUGUUUGGCAAGGACGGCAAGUACCAGGUCAUCCUGAAGAAGAUCGAACUGCCCGUCAUGCCGUUCAACGAAUGCCAAUCGGCACUGCGGACUACCCGGCUGGGCAAGCGAUUCAACCUGAACAAGAGCUUCAUGUGUGCCGGCGGUGAGGCUGGUAAGGAUACCUGCAAGGGUGAUGGUGGAUCGCCACUGGUUUGUCCCAUCCCCGGAACGGUGAACCGCUUCUACCAGGCUGGAAUCGUCGCGUGGGGUAUUGGCUGUGGUGAAACGGGCAUUCCCGGAGUGUACGCCAGUGUGGCGCAGUUCCGCGAUUGGAUCGAUGAACAUUUGACUCAGCGAAGCAUUUCGCAUGAUUACUACAUCUAUGUGUAAGACUGGCGUUUUCCCGCAGGA